UCAAAUGCUUACACCCAAUUAUGAAAAAGAAAAAAAGAGUACAUUUUAAAAAAAAAAUAUAAGUGUCCAUAUUUCAAUGUCCUAGAAGGUCUUUACCCUAUUCAUUUCCAUUUUGUACUGAGGACUUAUUAGUCAAAAGCUCAAAGUUCCCCAUUAAUGGCGAACAGGGACGAUUUCAUAAACCCUAACACUUCUUCUCCUGUUACUGUUUCCGAUGCCGAUAGCUUCCUUUUAGAUUCUUCUCAGAUCGGUAGUGCUUCUGGAAGCUUCCAGAACGAGGGUUUUCUCUCCGGCGGCGAUGGCGGCGCCGGCGCAGCUGAUGCUGAGUUCGGUUUCUCCCGUCCUGAUUUUCGCCAGACGCCGCUUGUUGGUACUGUUGAUUUCUAUGAACGCCACGUGUUCCUUUGCUAUAAGAAUCCUCAAGUUUGGCCUCCUCGUAUUGAGGCUGCGGAGUUUGAUCGAUUGCCUAGGCUUCUUGCUGCUGCUCUUACUGCUCGGAAGAAUGAUGUUAAGAAACAGACUCGGUUAACAAUAUGUGAAGGGCAUGAUGGAACUGAGACAUCGAAUGGGGAUGUGUUGAUCUUUCCGGGCAUGAUCAGAUACAGGAGAUUGACUCAUUUUGAUGUUGACACAUUUGUUGAGGAGGUGCUAGUGAAGGAUGGUGAAUGGUCACCUGGAAAUCCUGAAGCUCUGACUGGAUGGUACAUAUUUGUGUGUUGUCAUGGAUCAAGAGAUCGUCGAUGUGGUGUUUGUGGACCAGCUAUAGUUAGUAGACUUUUGGAGGAAAUAGAAUCAAAUGGUCUUCAAGGAAAAGUAUCGGUUAGUCCAUGCUCACACAUCGGGGGGCACAAAUUUGCUGGAAAUGUGAUCAUAUUUGGACGAAACACUCACAAGGAAGUCUCCGGACACUGGUAUGGCUAUGUUACACCUGAUGAUGUGCCGCAGUUGCUUGAACAGCAUGUUGCUAAAGGAGAAAUUGUUGAUUGGUUGUGGAGGGGCCAGAUGGGACUAUCUGAAGACGAACAGAAAGCAUCCCAAGAACAGAGGCUCAGCAUUAAUGGUGGAACAGAUAUGGAAAGAGGCAUCAAAAAUUCAAAUGAUGUCGGUAUUAGCACAUGUGGAUCCCAAUUAGAAGGUACGGGCUGUUGCCAGGCAAAUGGAAAUAUCUCAUGUUGUCAGAACACUCAACUAUCAGUCGAUGCAGACAAUUUCAAUCUCAACCAAGAAAAUGCCGAGUUUACAUCUGAAAAGAAGAGCAGCUUCAAGAGACAAAUUUCUCGAAAUAGUACUGGAAAAGGGGCUCGUUCUCGCAAGGUAUGCUCAAUGCCUACAUGGUAUGAAAGCUGGGAGCGUGAAGAUACAUAUGCAGUUCUUGCUGUUAUUGGUGCUGCCAUAUCAGUUGCCUAUGCCUUCAACUGCUACAGGCAGCUGAAGUAGUAAUAUUUAUAAAUAAACUCAACUCACAUUUGAUUUCAUUGUUGGUUAAAAACAUCUCUGUGAUUUGGUUGAUGUAAAUUAAGGUUAUUGCAUGUGUGUAAGUCACUUGCAAGGAAGUCUAGAAUUUGAUUUACUUGGGGGAUGAGAUUUAUGCCAAAUUAGUGAUGUAAUGAUAGACAAAUUGGCUCUGUAAAUUUAGGAGUCUUGUUUUGUUUUCAUAUCUAUAACACUUCCUGGACCCUGGUGUCUGAAAGUGUUUGUAUGGUCUAUGAAUCUGUUGGCUGUUAUUAUUUAAGAAAAAAAGGAAUGUGUGACUGUCCUUAUUAGUUCAUUA